UUUUUUCCUUCGUAUUUCGAGAAACAAGACAGGAAGGGUGUCGACGCACUGUCGAAGUGUGGCGACCCGAAAAAAGAAAGUCGUUGGUGUUUUUUGGGGGCUGACAUGAAGAUCGAUAUUCCUCCAGUUGUGUAUUAUUGAUCCGCUAACGAUGGAGAAGCUGACCGGGUUGUGUGUGCUGUUAGUGGCGCUGAGCCUCGCCGUAACCGAAGAUAAGUUCUUCACAGAAAACGGUAGUCUCACUCUGGAGGUGAGUGCUUCUAAUCCAGAACCCAUUAAAAACAUCCUGUGGAAAUUCGAUGGUCAUCUGCUGGCUGAGUGGAUCAAAGACAAGGUCCCUGUGGAGUUUUACCGCUCGUUUAAAGGCCGCUCAACCCUGAACACACAAAAUGGACGGUUGGUCGUCAACAGCAUGUCUGGAAAUGACACGGGCGUGUAUUCAGUGGAGAUCAACAGCAACGUCCAGAGCGUGAGCUACACGGCUAAAUGGAUCAGGAUCGUCCCCAAGCCUGAGGCAGUUCUAAAACCAUUGACUUGCACAUCUUCAAAGGCGUGUUAUGUGAGCUGUGAUGGAGACACCGAAGACGUGGGACCAGUCACCUACAGCUGGAAGAUGGGAGCCAAAGACUGGGAGCUGUUGGGAAAGCGCAUUGAAAUCACCGACAUUAAGAAUGCAUACGAUAAGGACUUCACGUGCCGGAUGGCUAACCCACUCAGUGCUAACGUUAGUGAACCCAUUACCAAUCCGUUCUACCAGGAGCACAAGCCGGAUGGUCCGCAAUCCGCUCUGUGGAUUGUAAUCGUUUUGCUGCUGAUCAUUUUGGCUGGUGUGGGUGUGGGUUUGUGGAAAUUUAAGAAAUUCCCCUUCCAAAAUCGAUGCUCCCACAGAACUGAUACUGAAGUUCAACCAACAGUUAAACCAACAUGUCAGCCUGAGAUACUUCCACUUAACCCCGAACAACCUACAUGAAGCGUGGAGCUGUUGUCUCACAGAAACAGGAUCAACUGUCCUCAGGGUGCUGUUUGCAACAGGAAACAUGGACAUGUUUGCGUGGUUUUAGCUUCCAGCUGUGUGCAUCAUCCACUGUUACUUGCAUUAGAAUUAUUCUCAUACUUUUUUUGCCUAAACAAUAAUGUUGAUUGGAGAACAGCAUGAAAACAUGAUAAUGUGUUUAAGAAAGGAAGAUGAAUGGAUGAAAGAACUCAUAAACUGCCUUUCAGUAUCAAUUCGGCUACAUUUCAGCUUGGAAUUCGUACUAUUCAGACAAUCCUACAUGAUCCAAACAAUAUACUAAUAAGUAUAAACUAAUCUAACAAAAGUGUGAGAUUUAAUUACCCAUCUCUGAAAUAGCUACGCAUCUUAAUUUUCUUUAUUUUUGACAAAUGAAAGUCUUUUCUUUGUCUUUUUUAAUUUAAAAGAAAAAUCGCUUGUAUUAAUGCACCUUAGGAACGCUGUCACUAUUUUGUUUCUGCUUCAAUUAGCAGUUUAAGAAGAAGAUUGAAUGUACAUCGUGUAAACAUAUAUUACACAUGCUUUUAUGAUAAAGUGAACAAAAAAUGCAGAGUUAAUGUCAAAGCAUGUAUAUCUGUGCCAUUAUCUUCUGGAUCAAUCUGCUUAAAGUCAUUUUAUGCACUGUUGUCUGUAAUAUUGUUUGACUUUUACUAUUUUUGUCCAUUUAGUUUCGUGUAUUUUUGUGUGGUAAGUUUACAAGCCACUAUUUUUGUAAUAUAUUGUGGUUAGCAUUUUUAAGGUUUGAUUUGCUAUAUGAAUUGUUUAUAUAAAGUGCCCUAGACAAUAAAUUGUGUGACUCUGCUAUA